CUACAAGUAACCGUUACCAACUAACGGCAGGGCACAAUCUGUCACUGUAAUAAGAACUAACACACACGAUCCAGUAAAAGCGCGUGGUUCCCAAAUUUCUCACCUCCAUUACAAAGCACAAAUAGCUACUAUAUCUAAUUGCUGAUGAUAUAUACUUUUUGGAGAGAGAAAGUGAAGAGAGAGAGAGAGAUAGGAAUUAGGAAGGAAGAAAGUGGGAAGAGUUCCCUCAGUUUCUCUCUCUCUCUCUCUCUCUCUCUGCAACUUUUAUAUACAUUUUUUUUAUCUUUUCAUUUUUCUUUUCUUCUCACAUUUCCAGCUAAGUAGUGUAAAGCCGUAAAGAUUGGAAGGGGGUUUUAUGUAUGUAUGUAUGUAUAGGGUAUGCAUUGUGUUUUUCAAGGUAAAAAAAAAAAAGUAGAUUGAAGAAUUGGAGCAAUGGUUGGGAACAGAUCUGCACUGAAUUUCUUACAUUUGGAGAUCCUUUUGGGGUUUGCCUUCAUUUUUGCUGUCAGAAUUUCACAUUGUUACACCAGUUUUAGUGAUGUUGCUGCUAUAAAUCGGUUAUACGCUGAUUUGGGAUCUCCGUCUCUACCUGGAUGGAUUGCCAGUGGUGGUGACCCUUGUGGUGAACUUUGGCAAGGUGUUGUCUGUGUGGAUUCUUCCAUAACCUCGAUAACGCUGAUUGGGGCUAAUUUGGGAGGAGAGUUAGGCAACAGUCUUAGAGAAUUCACUUCUAUUACAUCGAUAACACUAAGCAACAACCUUAUCGGGGGUACAAUUCCGACCGAGUUACCAGUUACAUUAGUCAACAUUUUUCUUUCAGAUAACAAGCUCACCGGAACUAUACCAAGUUCUUUAUCGUCACUGACUCAAUUAUCUGCUAUGUCCCUUAACAACAAUGAAUUAUCGGGAGAAAUCCCCGAUGCUUUUGAUGGCCUUCCCGUUUUGAUUAAUUUAGAUUUAUCGAGUAACAAUUUGAGUGGGGAGUUGCCACCUUCGAUGCAAAACAUGUCAUCUAUUACUACCCUCCAUUUGCAGAAUAAUCAGCUAUCUGGAUCUCUUGAUGUUUUGGAAGACCUUCCUCUUCAAGAUUUAGACGUACAGAACAACUUAUUUUCUGGACCAAUACCUACCAAGUUGUUGAACAUACCCAAUUUCAGGAGUGACGGCAAUCUGUUCAAUUCUAGUAUAGCUCCAUUAGGUCCGCCAACAUCCUCGUCCACAGGAACACCACCACCAGCACUGCCGUUUUUCCCGGGACCAAAUUCAGAUCAAAAGCCACCACCGCCACCUGGACGAAGACCACCGAAACAGGCUGAUGGACCAUCCACAACAGAAGAAUCAAACUCCAAAUCAAAAAAAUCUUCUUCUUCGAGUACGAAAAGAAUUGUAUGGAUAUCGGUUGCAGCCGUACUGUCCUUCGUAAUAUUGCUAUUAGCAAUCCUACUCUUUAUGCCGAGAUGUCUCAGAGAAAGAAGAGAACAUUACAGAAGAACACCAAAGCGGCACGAAAUAGCUCCGUACACCGGCAUUCGAGAUAAUCCGAGAGACGGUGGUCCGUUAAUCCUACCGAGCCAUGAUGUAGAGAAAGCUCCUCCUGUUGUGAGGAAAAAGGAAGAGAACAAACCGAGAGCAGUGGGUUCGAUACCUAAACCACGAGACGAAGAGGAUGUAAAUAAACAACAGACGAGUGGAGCAGUGCCUAGGAGGAGUCAGUAUGAGAUAGACAUGAGUAGAUUCGAGAUAGAUGUGCUGCCGCCACCGCCGCCGCCGCCACCACCACCUCCACCUCCUCCGCCACCACCGCCACCUCCUCCAUCAGAUAGGGUUAUCGUGAAUCCAAUCAUAGCAUCUGAAGCAAGUGCAACCAGACAUGUACCCGCAACUUCCGUGAAGGCAUAUUCAAUAGCGUCUCUCCAGCAGUAUACAAAUAGCUUUUCGCAAGAAAAUCUCGUCGGAAGUGGAAUGCUUGGGAAUGUAUACCGGGCAGAGCUAUCUGACGGAAGGUUGCUUGCAAUAAAGAAAUUGGAUAAAAGAGUGGCGAACCAGUUGAAGGAGGAUCAGUUUAUCGAACUGGUUAAUAGUCUCGAUAGCAUUCGACAUGCUAAUGUCGUUGAGCUCAUGGGUUAUUGCUCAGAGCAUGGACAGAGGCUUCUAAUUUACGAGUAUUGCACUAACGGAACACUGCAAGAUGCUCUUCACUCCGACGACGAGUUUAAGAAAAAACUGUCGUGGAAUACUCGCAUUAGGAUGGCUCUUGGAGCUGCUCGAGCUUUAGAGUAUCUGCAUGAGGUUUGUGAACCGCCUAUAAUUCACAGGAAUUUCAAGUCGGCUAAUGUUCUACUCGAUGAAGAAUUAUCUGUCCUUGUCUCUGAUUGUGGUUUGGCUCCGUUGAUUUUGUCAGGAGUUGUCAGUCAGCUAUCGGGACAGCUACUGACAACGUACGGUUAUGGUGCACCUGAGUUUGAGUCGGGGGUAUACACAACAAAGAGCGACGUUUACAGUUUCGGAGUGGUGAUGUUAGAACUCUUAACAGGAAGAAUGUCUUAUGACAGGACAAGAAGUAGAGGAGAGCAAUUUCUAGUGAGAUGGGCAAUUCCUCAGCUUCAUGACAUUGAUACCUUGUCGAGGAUGGUCGAUCCUUCUCUCUCUGGAAACUAUCCUGUCAAAUCCUUAUCCCAUUUUGCCGACAUUAUUUCCCGAUGCGUCCUGGCGGAACCUGAGUUUAGACCACUGAUGUCUGAAGUAGUACAGGACCUCAUGCAACUGAUAAGGAGGGAAUCUCCACGUAGGUCAGACGAGGACUAACUUAGAGUUAUUACACCUCGCUAGUGCUAAAAAGAAUCAUGCGAUAAAAGCUCAAAAAAAGAAAGCUCCCAUAGAAAGUUUUCGUGUAUGCGGAGGAUUUUGUUUGGCAAAAAAAAGUGCAUAUAUAGUUGAUCUGACAGGUAUCCUUGAUUCUUGUGUCGGUGCUCUUUGUUUGCGCAAUUCUAAAUUGGUCAAGAGGCAAGCUAUAUAUAUACUAACCCGAUUAUUGAAUCGUUGUUAUUUAUUAGUUUUGUGAAAUUGUCUUAUUGUAUAUGUUUUAAUUUGUUCCAUAUCCAUAAUUCUUUCUUUGAGCCUAAUUGCAUUCCUUUUAGGCAAAAGAUGAUUGUUUGCUCCUUCAUUACAUUUUUUGUACUUCCAAUUGGGAAUCUUUUAUAUAUUAUGUUUAUUGCUUUA